CCCCCCAAUUUCCUCCCUAUCCAGCUGCUACGCAUUCCUUCCCUAGAGGUUCGCCCGUCAUCGGCGGCAAUAUGAUGACUCGACGUGAUCCAGCAGCAGCAGUCCUACGGGGUAUCAGGUUUAGAUAUCGUGUGCAGGCCUACUUGAUACUAGGCCAUCAUUUCUUUCUCCCGUCGCCACUAUUACUGGACAUUUUUAUCAUACUGUUCAUUCUGGUCAGCAAAUCCAUGAACAGGCAGUAUGCUAUCCCCAGUCAACUGUCUUCUCGUGGAAUCCAGUAUUUCCUCUCCAAAAACAAUUUGGAGGUGAUUUGGAGGAUCGACUUUAUCCAAAAACACAGUAUAUUGUCUCGGCCAUUUACGAAGCGUUCUCUGCUGUCCUUGGGAACGCGGCGAAAUCCGCAGCUCCGAUUGGCUCCCCACAUCCCCACCUUCAGAAACCACAUGCGGAUUAUACUGGCAGCUUCAACGAGCGCAUUGCGCCAGCAUCCCUCAUCCAUCUUCAUGGACUUCGAUACCGCGAGCCAAAGCCUGUCGCCUGCUGCUGCUUCGCAUCAACCCACUCUCAAGCUGCCAGCGACCUGCGAUCCCCCAUCCGAGCACAACCCACCCAAGCAGGCGUCAUGGAUAAUAUUUGGAGCCACUGGACAUAUGGGACGGUCGCUCGUGCGAGCUGUGUUAUCGCAUGGUGAUCAGUGUACGGCAGUAGGAUGGUCGCAGGAAAACACCAUGGAGCAGCUGGGCAGAUGGCAUGACGGGAAUUGUCUAGGCUUGCUGUGCGAUGUCAGGGUGAGGGAAACAGUAGACCAUGUAAUGAGAAGAAGUGUCGAGCAUUGGGGACGUGUAGAUAUCAUUGCAAACUGCACAGGCUACGGCGUAAUAGGCGCAUGUGAAGACCAAGACGACUACGACCUCCGCAACCAAUUCAACACAAACUUCAUGGGCACCCUGCACAUCCUACAACUCUCGCUCCCCUACUUCCGCGAACAAAACCACGGCCGCUACCUCAUCUUCUCCUCCACGGCCGGCGCCCUGGGCGUCCCCGGUCUGGGCCCUUACUGCGCUACCAAAUACGCAGUCGAGGGCCUCAUCGAAUCCAUGCUCUACGAAAUUGACAUCUUCAACAUAAAAGCCACGUUGGUCGAACCAGGUCAUGUCCGCCUCGACGAGCCAGACGACCAGGCCAUCCUCAGCGCCGCGGCGUCCAUAUCCGCGAACUUAUCUGCUGCGGGUGGACCUGCUGCUGCUGCUACCACCGCCGCCGCCGCCGCAGCAGCGGCAGGAGGAGGAGGAGCAGGGACGAGCGGUGCGCCUAUACCGCGACGGUACGGACAUUUCUUCGUCAAGCCCACGCCUAGCGAGCCGUAUUCUACGCCCACGAGUCCCGCCGGCCACGCGAAGCGCAUGAUUCAGUGGUUGAAUGAUCGCCAGCCUGUCAGUGCGGUUAAGAGCGCUGAGUUGGUGUGGCAGCUGGGGCAUUGUAGGUAUCCGCCUCUGCGGCUGCUGCUAGGGAGCUAUGCCGUCGAGAGUAUACGGGAUCGGCUGAGGAGUGUUAUUGAAGAGAUUGAAGAUUGGAAACAUCUCUCUUUCCCAGCGUCCAUGCCUCCCGAGGACGAAACGAUGGGUGAGGCCGUGGUCAAAGAGGAGCAAGAAGACCAGGAGGAUCAAGAUAAUGACUGAUUGAAUGCAAUCAACAAGAAACUCCCUCUCUCCCCUUCCUCCUCC